AAAACAAAACACGGCAGGAUGACGGCCUGUGUCAGAGCAACGUUACUUGUUGUUCAUUGAAAUGGUUAUCACUCUUCGAUUAUUUUCAUCAGUGUUUUGAGUCCGCAGCGACCGUCCCACACACGAAAUACGAACAAAACCUCUGCUUGUAAAGGCAGUGAUCAGAAAUCCGGGGAACAAAAACAGAAGAGCUCAAUUAUGGAAUGUGUACGAUCGCUGUGGAGUUACGCCUCCAGAUGUUUCUCCUGCCAAGAAGAUUCUUCCUCGCAGGGUAACGAACCUAGCGAACGCACUCAUCUGCUAGCCGAUCCGGUCAGUAAUAGUCCCGCGGUGCGUCGAGACAAUGACACAUUCACGCAGGAGUAUCCCAAUUCAGUGCCCAAAAAGGAUGAACAGUCAGCGUUGGCAAAAAUUUUACAAGAAACGUCUGAGAAUAUCAUAGAUGUGGCAGCAAUGGAUACGCAAAAGCUGGAAGCUAGCGAAUACAACGAUCGGAUCAAACUGUACACGCAGCGGCUUCAGCAGCAGUGGAGCAACGUGAACCACCCGAACCAGGCAGACAGCGCCAGUCUGCUAAAGGAUAUACCCAAUCCCGAGCCGGUGUUGGCUUCCGUACCGAUAGCUGCGGAUGAUCUGGCGAUGAUCAAAAGCAUGGUCCAAAAGGCAAAUGUGGCUGUGUCGGAGAUAAAAGUGAUCCACACGGAGAAUCUGGUCGUGCCUUUCCGAAUUCCAUAAUAUUACGCCGUUAAACGGAACUUGUAAAAUAUUGUUUCCCGAAACGCUAUGUUGGCCUUCGGGCCGCUUUUUUCCGUUCUUGUUCCGCAUAAUGUUCUCGCUAGGUUGCGUCUCCUCGCAUUCGAUAGCGCAUAAUCGUCGGCAAUGCAUAUAUUAUGUAUGUAAGGAGCACAUGUAGAGACAGAUUGAUAUUUUUUGUUUUGCAGAAUCAGCGUAAUACUAAAGUUGGUCGCUCGUGAUCGGCAGGCUUAAGUACAAUUUUUAAUCAGAUUUGUAAGCGAUGCAGGGGCAAAAACCGUGUACAUUAAGAAACGAAACAUGAAAAAAGGCAAGAGAUAAGCAUUAAAUCGAAGCGAGCUUGCUGUACUUGAAGCUUUCGACUUGAUAUGUAAGAAAUAAAAACGUGCUAAGGAAUGUGUACUGCUACUGCUGCUGAGAGGUGUGCUCAUUCUUAUGAUCGCGGCAGA